CACAGAGCGGCUGUCCUUCGGGAGAGGUUAAAGGUCGUCAUCCUCGGCAGCUUCUCUUCUUCUCAGAGGCCGGAUGCCCGACUGAGAGAUGGGACCUCGGACAGCAGUGGCUCCUUCUAAGGAGGCGAAGGAGGUGGCAGGGGGUCAGGGAUUACCCCGAAUGAGGAGCUGCAGCGACGGCAGCAGAUACGGGAGGAGAGGAGUCAGCCUGUCAAACAACUCCCGCUCAGCAUCUUCCUCCUCCUCCUCCUCUUCACCGGUGCUCUACAACCCCAAAUCAGUCCUGAAGAGGCCGGUGAGCACAGAGGAGCUGCAGAGACCUGGAGGACCUUUCAUCAAGAAGACCUUUACGGUGGUGUCCGAUGCUGUCGGGUGGGGUUUUGUGGUGCGGGGAGAGCGGCCGUGUCACAUCCAGGCCGUGGAGCCCUAUGGCCCGGCUGCUGCUGCUGGGAUGAAGGUCCGUCAGUUUGUGGUUUCGCUCAACGGGGUCAACGUCCUGGAUCUGGACUAUCGGACCGUCAGCCACCGGGUCCUCACAGGACCCCGGGCGGUGGUGAUGGAGGUGAUGGAGGAGACCGACCACUGAGCCACAGCGAGACGAAGCCUACAAAAGCUUUUCUGGAACAUUCUGAGAACAGGAAGGAGGUGAUGUCCUUAAGAACCACGUGGUCGGCUGAAGAUACAACUUUAGGAUCGCGACC